AUGAGCUACGUGACGGUUCUGGAAGAGUCUUCACCUUGCAUGCUGGAGGUAUGUGCAGGCCGCGCACGUAUGCUUCCUCUGCGGCUAUGCAGAGUGGUGUACGACAGCCCUGGUGUGACCUUCCGCGAGCGACGGAAAACCCUCCGGUCGAUUUUCAUGACGACGCCAAGUGACGAUGUAACGCUGCGUAUCUCACGACUCCCGAGAUCUGCGCAAGCUUACAUGACCUACGCUUCCGUAUAUGCCAAGCGCACAGAGCAAUGCUUGUUGUGCUGGCGUCGUGAAGCAGCUGAAAGUGCCGUUUCACUUCAUCUUCGCAAUGUGACGGUCAAGCGGACAAGUUGCGGAGCAUGA